GGGACGGCCCCGCCGCCUGCCGCCCUCCAGCCGCCGGGGGCUCUGCUACCUCGCCAUGCCGCCGUGGGACGCCGCCCUCGCCCUGCUGGUGGCCGCGCUCGCCCUGCUUGGCCUGCUGGCCCCGCGGCUGCGGCGCGCCGUCGGAGCGAGGACUGUGCUGGCGGCCCGCGGCCAGGACCACGAGGAGGAGACGGGCGGCGGAGGUGCCGCAGACCAGUUCAGCGACGGGCGGGAGCCACUGCCCGGCGGGUGCAGGCUCAUCUGUAAACCGUCGGCGCUGGCUCAGUGCCUGCUGAGCGCCUUGCGACGCUCGGCAGCGCUGGAGCCGCGCCCGCGCUCCUGGCUCUGCGGGCCCCACCUGCAGACCCUCUGCCACUUCGUACUGCCCGUGGGGCCGGGGCCUGAGCUGGCCCGGGAGUACCUGCAGUUAGCGGACGACGGGCUGGUGGCCCUGGACUGGGUCGUGGGACCUUGUCCCCGGGGCCGGCGGGUCACCAACGCGGGGGGCCAUCCCGCGGUGUUGCUGGUAAUCCCCAAUGCGUGGGGGCGCCUCACUCGCAACGUGCUCGGCCUCUGCCUGCUCGCCCUGGAGCGCGGCUAUUACCCGGUCAUCUUCCACCGCCGCGGCCACCACGGCUGCCCGCUGGUCAGCCCCCGGCUGCAGCCUUUCGGGGACCCGUCCGACCUCAAGGAGGCUGUCACUUACAUCCGCUUCCGACACCCGGCGGCCCCUCUGUUCGCGGUGAGCGAGGGCUCGGGCUCCGCGCUCCUGCUGUCCUACCUGGGCGAGUGCGGCUCGUCCAGCUAUGUGACCGGCGCCGCCUGCAUCUCGCCGGUGCUGCGCUGCCGCGAGUGGUUUGAGGCCGGCCUGCCCUGGCCCUACGAGCGGGGCUUCCUGCUCCUCCAGAAGAUGGCCCUCAGCAGGUAUGCCUCGGCUCUGCAGGACGCCGUGGACACCCACAAGCUGUUCAGGAGCCGCUCCCUUCGAGAGUUUGAGGAGGCCCUGUUCUGCCACACCAAGAGUUUCCCCAUCAGCUGGGACACCUACUGGGACCACAACGAUCCCCUCCGGGAUGUGGAUGAGGCCGCGGUGCCUGUGUUGUGUAUCUCCAGUGCCGACGACCCCGUGUGCGGGCCCCCGGAACACUUUCUGCCCGCGGAACUCUUUCACAGCAACCCCUAUUUUUUCCUCCUGCUCAGUCACCAUGGAGGCCACUGCGGCUUCCUGCGCCAGGAGCCCUUGCCAGCCUGGAGCCACGAGGUCACCUUGGAGUACUUCCGGGCCUUGACUGAGUUCUUCAGAACGGAAGAGAGGAUGAAAGGGCUGAGCAGGCACCGGGCUUCAUUCCUGGGGGGCCGGCGUCGCUGGGGGACCCUGCAGAAGAGAGAGGCCUCUCCCUCUUCCAGUCUGGAGGAGAUCUUUAGCUGGAAGCGAUCAUACACGAGGUGAGGGCCUGCCUGAGAACAGAGCUGGGCAUGCAGAGUCCUGAACCAGCCGUGAGGACAGAAGGGGGGGCUGCACUCCGGAGCCUUUGUGGCUGAUUCGGCCCCCUCUCUUCGACUGGUCUGUGGAAGAAGGACCUUCCAGCAAGCUGGUGCUCACUUUACCCUGAGAACACUCCUGCCCCAAGGUUUGCUCAACACAUUCCAGCUCUUCCUGGCCCGCAGCUGGGCUGUCACUGUCUUGCUGUCCCGUCACCGACCUCAUGAGCCAAAGAAGAGCCCCUUUGAGUCUAUGGACUCUUGAGAAAAUGCUCUGUGACUAGCAAGGGCUCUAGAAAGAGUGGGUGUAUGUGCGUCAUUGGAAAGCUCUGUCUCACAUAAAUCACCAGCUCUCUGACCCUGAUUCUUGAGCCGGAGCCACUCAGUGUCAUGAGGACAGGAUGUUUGUGUCUCAGUACCACUUCCCUCCUUUGGUUCUGUGGCUGCGGCGCUCUGCUGACUUCAGAGCCGUAGGGCUGCGUCAGUCUUUCGUGAGUGUGGGAAAGGCGGCCGAGGCAGCAAGUGCUGUGCUGAGACUGGGCUGGUGCGGACGACGAGGUACGGAGAGCAUGUGUGUCAUCUGGAAGGCUGAGGUCCCGUCUUCCAGACGAGUCCUGCAGGUCUCUGUUGGGCUGAUCUGGGCCUUCAGGCUAGGACUUCAAGCCUAGGGAGAUCUUCAGGAUGAUUUUAGGAAGAGGGAGUCCUCGAACACAGGGCCUGCCAGCCUCUCAGGCACGCUGGCUGCUCCCUCCAGCACCAUUCCUGGGGAUUACUCCAGAAAGUCCCAGCCAGAGGUGUUUUUCUCCUGCGAUGCGGGCUUCUUCUAGGUGGUGAAGAGUAUAAACCUGCUAUCUUGGGUGUUUUCUGGUUCGUUGCCUUCUUUUCUGACACUACUACCAGCCUCUUCCCUUCCAGGGCCUGGAGAGACAUCUGGGACCAGAGAAAACAAAAGUUCCAAGAGGUUGGCUAGCGCUUACUCAGU